AUGGAAAAACUCGGUUUUAGCAAUACUUGGUGUAAUCUUGUGCAUCAAUGUAUUAGUACUGUCUCUGCAGCUGUUUUGUUAAAUGGUAUGCCCUGUGAGCAAUUUGUCGCCACGAGAGGGCUAAGACAGGGGGAUCCUCUAUCCGCCUAUCUAUUUAUCCUGUGCAUGGAAUUGCUCUCGAGAGUCAUUUCUAAUGCUGAAGAUAACAUCCUUUUACAUGGAAUAAAGGUGGGGUGCAAUGCCCCACCAAUAUCCCAUCUGUUAUUUGCUGAUGACCUGUUAGUGUUUAGCAAUGCUAAGUUUGUUGAGGCUGAAAAUAUUUUGAAUGUUUUAAAUGAAUUUAGCAAAUCCUCCGAACAACUUAUAAAUUUGGAAAAAUCAGGCAUUUUCUUUAGCCCGAACACCCAUAAGAACACAAUAGAUAAUGUCACUAGAAUCCUAGGGGUAAAUAGGAUUUCUUUCAAUGAUAAGUAUCUAGGGUCUCCCUUGUUUACUCAUGUCUCUAAAGUUAAAUCCUUUCAAAAAAUUAUUGAAAGGGUGGAAGCUAAGCUUAGGAUUGGAAAUGCAAAACAGUCUCUACUGCUGAUAGAUCAGUUGCAGAGAGAUUUCUUUUGGGGGAAAGAUGAAAAUGGAAAAAAAAGGUGUUUAUCCCAAGGCGUGGAUUGCUGGUGUGUGCAAGCCCAUAUGGGAGGAAUGGGUUUUGUGAAUAAUCGUUUGUUUAAUGCUGCUAUGCUUGCAAAGGUGAACUGGAGGUUGCUCAAGGAUCCUGACUCUCUAUGGGCGCAAAUUUAUAAGCAUAAGUAUUACCCGGAAACAAAUAUCCUAGACAAGUCAAAUGUUUGCUCACCAAAAGCUUCGUGGGUCUGGAAAAACCUCAAUAGAGAAGUGGAAAGAAUAGCUGAAAAUGUGGAAUGGGUAGUUGGUAAUGGGGUUACAAUUAAAUGGACUUGGAAUAUCAACAAGCUACAUCAAUACCUAGAGGACAGAAUUGUGAGUAUUGUCAUGAAGAUUGAGAUCAAAGAGGAUAUGGAGGAUGAAGUAGUAUGGAAGCUGGAAAAGAACGGGAAGUUCACAACAAAGUCACUAUAUGGGAAGAUGGUUAGGAAAGGCCACACAGAAAACAGGGGCUGA